UGAGAAGAGGGGAAAAAAAUCAUGUCACGUGAUCAAUAUGGAGCGAAGUUGGAGACGACACAAAAUAGCUUAAACUGUACAUUAUUACAUAAAAUUCACACAAGGAGAGGCGAAAUGGCUCAGAAGACGAACACAACGUAUGGACGAAGUGUCCCGGUUUGAAACUUUUUGAAACGUUUUCACAUUUUUGUUCCGUUUCCGCAAUGAAAAUGUCAACCGCAGCAGAGCACUUCCUCCGUGUGUCAGGUUAAGGCUGCCUUCUUGGAACGAGUUUUGGACAAAGUAGAGCGUCAACAACAAGUCGUCCUUUCGCUUUCUCCCUUCUUUGUUAAGAUUCUUAAGACGUUCCUACUCAGGUGUGUUUUCUCCGGCGACUGGCAGUUUUUCAUUUACACGGACGCCGCCAUUUUUAUUUGUGUAGACAUUUAAAUAAAUGCUAAUUUUUUUUUUAUCGUACACUACAGACAUCACAGUAAAAUCUGAGUACCGUUGCUGAAACUCCGGAAAGGCAUGACAGCCAGCACCCCCAGCUACCUGUGGUCCUUACAGGAUGUCCUGGGUCAAGGGGCAACUGCCUACGUUUACAAGGCUCGAAAUAAGAGGACGGGAGAGUUAGUAGCCGUCAAGGUGUUCAACAUGGCGAGCUACAGCCGCACUCAGGAGGUCCAGAUGAGGGAGUUUGACCUGCUCAGGAAGCUCAACCACAGGAACAUUGUCAGGCUUUAUGCCGUGGAGGAGCUGCCCUCCAAACAGAAGGUGCUCGUGAUGGAAUAUUGCUCUGGAGGAAGUUUGCUCAGUUUGCUUGAGGAGCCGGAAAAUGCCUUCGGACUUCCCGAGACCGAGUUUCUCAAUGUGUUGCAAUGCGUUGUGCAGGGAAUGAACCACCUACGAGAGAAUGGCGUCGUACACCGCGAUAUUAAACCUGGCAACAUUAUGCGUCAGACAGGAGAGGACAGCAGGUCUGUCUAUAAGCUGACUGACUUUGGAGCGGCACGAGAGUUGGACGAUGACGAAAAGUUUGUGUCCAUCUACGGAACCGAAGAAUAUCUGCACCCAGACAUGUAUGAGCGUGCGGUGCUCCGUAAGCCUCACCAGAAGUCCUAUGGAGUGAACGUGGACCUGUGGAGCGUGGGUGUAACAUUUUACCACGCUGCCACGGGGAGUCUUCCCUUUGUGCCGUACGGCGGGCCCCGCAGGGACAAGCAAACCAUGUACAAAAUCACCACAGAGAAACCGACGGGAGCCAUUUCUGGAAUACAGCAAGUUGAGAACGGACCAAUAGAGUGGAGUUCACAUCUACCUCACAGCUGCCAACUGUCAGAGGGCCUCAGGAUGCAUCUUGUUCCUGUACUUGCUGGUAUACUUGAGGCAGAUCAGGAGAGAUGUUGGGGCUUUGACCAGUUCUUCACAGCCACGACUGACAUACUACAGCGGCAACCAGUGCACCUCUUUGCUCUCCAGCAGGCCAUGGCGCACUGUGUCUACAUACACCAUUACAACACGGUGACUGUGUUCUUUGAGGAGGUGGCAUCGCAGACUGGAAUCGAUGUCCCGUACCAACAGCUGCUCUACUUGGGUCAUGAGCUUCCACUUGAGGGCGGCAUGAAAGUGGUCAACCUCCCGAACACGACACGUGACCGGCCUCUCAUCCUGGUCAGUCACAGGCCAGAAACAAACAGCAGCCUGCCCUUCAGAGAACCAGAGACUCCAAUCAUCCCUUCCAGGUUUGAUGUGAAGGCAGACUACAACUUCUCCAAGGUAAUAGUUGGAGUCGUCCACCAGUAUCUCAGGAUAGCACAGCUGCUGCACUCACACAGAGAGCUUCUGCUGGAAGGAUAUUACUGUUACAUGAUGAGAUUGUUCACAGAGUGUGGAGGAGCCAUGCAGAGUAUUGCAAAGAUCAGCAUAAGACUCAAGUCCUGCCUCAGUAUGCAACACAGGAUAAUCACCUUAGGUCAUCGGACUAUUGAAAACAUGGAUGCAGCUGGUAAGAAUGACAGAUUGCAGCAGGUCAAUGAGCACCUGCCCAUGUAUGCUGCAGGCAUCCAGGAUUUUCAAAACCGCCUGGAGCGCUUACAGAUAGAGCAGGCUAAGCUAGCAGAAGCACAGGCCAGUGAGAACAGGUGUCAGAGAAUGCGGAUGCUCCUCCAGAAGAUUAUGUCGAUUCAUCAACUAUACCAUAAAGACAAACACCCAGGGAAGUUACCAUAUAACGACGAACAAAUACAUAAGUUUGAGAAAAUCCACUUGUGCUCGUACAUCAAGCAAGUGAAAUCUCUCUUCAGGGAUGACUGUGUGCAAAGAUACAAGGAGCUCUUGGUCACCACCAGGACAUGGAGCAGUGUUUUACUAGAAAUGCAGACACAUCUUCAGGACUUUGGUUCCUUCUCCACGGGCUUGUUGGCAGACCUGGAGAUCACUGAGCAGCAGCAGAACAAAACGCUGGACAGAAUCUUGGUCACACUGCAGACCAGCAGAAUAGGACAGCAGCAGCAGGACCAGCAGCAGGAGGUACCACCCAGGGACAAGGAUGAAAUGGUGUCCAGGAUGUACCACCUUAAGGACGAAAUGGAAAUUCUUGUCCGGGAACUGCAAUGUAACAACACCAUUAUUGAGAGUCUAGGGGCAGUGAACUCCUCAUCAGCUGUCGACUCUAGCUUGGCCCGGCCUGCUACGCUGUGACCGGCGCCUACCGGUAGUUUUAAUUGCCUCAGGAACAGAUGCUGGUUGACCGCUGUGAUGCUACCAAGGACUACCUGCUGAAAGAAGGAGCUGAAAUAAGCAAAAUGGAACCAAUUAAGAGAUAAGACAGUUGGGGGUAGAGCCACUCAUGUUUUUUUAUGUGUGAGGGCUUGUCAUGAUAACACAUUUUGCUGGUCAAUAAUUGCUACAAAUUUUUUGAAAAUAUUUUUGAGACCAUUUUUUUUUAAUGAAUCAUUGUCAUGAGAUGUGUAAUUCACAUUUCAGCCACUAGAUGGGCAUAGUGGAGCGAGUGAGCUACUUUAGCUUUACACAGAAGUUGCCUAUAAGUAUAUUGUUUAAAAUAUAUGCCAUAUAACCGUAUUGAAUGGUUGCAAUGCAGUGAGCGACUGUCUGUGACUUGCACUCCAUUUUCACCUUUUUAUUUAUAUUAACAUUGCCUCAAUAAGCAUUUACUGUCCGGACAAAGGCUCUCUUUGCUGCACAUCCAGGGGUAUUUCUUUUUUGACUCGUGGAGAAAACUGCUGGCGUUGGUCGUCAGUGUUCACGCACCCACUUUGUUUAUUCUGUUUAAAACCCAAAAUAGUCCUCUCACAAGGCUAACUGCUAACCGUCUGUAUCUGCUCACUAGUAGCCCGGGCGCCACGAAUGAUGAGGGGUCAUCUCUGCGUCUGUGUGUAGAAGAGGCCAAAGUCUUCCUGCUACCAUUCUCCCUUUUUGUAAGUGUUUCAGCUUAUCAGUCGCUGUGUUUUAAUUCCAUUGUCUACUCCAGGUAUGUGAUUAAAUCAAUCAACAUCCCCUCUCUAUCUAGUUGCUGUACAUUUAUAAUACGAUUGCCCUUUUCAUGUAGUCAUAGGCGUUUAUUCAGUUAUCUGCAUAUGACUAACAGUUCAACCAUAGAAUUAAAAUACCCGCCUCAAAAAGGUGGGGAAAUUACCACGUAAAAAAAAAAAAAAUACUCUGUGCUGAAUUAAUAUUGGUCAUUUGACUUUUUGUUUGACACUUUUUACCAUAUUUCCCUCAAUUUGGUAGACAAUUGUGUAUUAUCAUGAGAAAAGUGGAAGUAAAUAUACAUUAAACGUUCCCUCAAGUUUCCAGGAAUGCCUCUGACGUGUUGAAACGUCUCGGUAAGGUCGUCUGUGGUUUUAAAGAGGAAAAUGUGACGGUGAGUCGUACUGAUCUUUUUAUUAUCUUUCACCUCGCAACAUCAGAUCUCUU